AUGGCUUGGAGGCUAGCUCCGGUGAGUUGGGAAGGGAUAGCUGAGCUACAAUGCAACAUGUGGAGGUGGUGGGAUGCUGUGAUGGAAUCGGCUAAGGGUGCCCAAGGAAUGGACCGCAUCAAGCUCACAGUAUAUAUACUUUGGCAGCUGUGGAAGGCGAGAAACAAGAGAGUAUUCCAGCUGGAGAGCGUGGACGCAAAAGUGAUAAUUGACAAAGCCCAGCAAGAGUGGAUCGAAUUUGAAGAGGCAACUGGUCCUCAACCCCGAGGAUUCGAAUCAACAGAGCAGGAAAGAUUGAGUCAUCAUAAUUGGGAGCCACCAAUGGAGGGAGUAGUGAGAAUUAAUACGGACGCAGCAAUCUCAGCAAAAAUGGUCAGGACCGGAUUGGGAAUUGUUGCACGGAACUGGCGAGGAGAUCUAGUGAAAGUCCGAGGGAUUAGUAGAAGGAAAAAAGGGGAAGCUGCCACGGAGGAAUCUUUAGCAAUCCGAAGUGCGCUGGAUAUGGCUCAAGCUGCAGGAUGGACAAAGAUAGAAGUCCAGUCGGACUGCAGAAACAUUGUGAGCUCGAUCAAUGCGGGCAAUGUUCAGGAUUGUAAGUUACAAACAAUCCUAGAAGACAUUGAGGCCCUAAAGACUAGCUUUGACAGUUGUAUCUUCUCUUUUGUUCCCAGAUGUGAGAACCCUAGAAUUUGCAUAUUUCCUUAG